AUGGGGAUGAGCCCAGCUCUUAUCGUCCUGAGAUACCUAUUGUCUGCCGCUUUGAUAGCCAUGGGUAUCGCCUUGACUGGAUUAUGGGAUGAGACCUUGAAGGUUCUGACUGGCGACCAGCUAUUGUGGCUAUUAUUUUUACUAAUAUGGGAGACUAUCCAACUCUUCAUCUACCGCAUUCGGGUGAUGGAUUCUCAUAAUUCGAGACAAGGGAUUGAAGAUGAAGGCAUAGUCAAAGAGGAUACUUGGAGCUCUGGUCAACUAGUGCCAGUAUUCAUGCUUCUAGUACCUCUUCUACUGAUAGUGGAGGGUUGCUCUGAUAUGAUCUAUAGACGCAAAACCGAGUACAAGAACCAUGAUGGCUCUUAUAGCAGCCUCGCGCCACAUAUUAGGUCUCAGGAGCAGCUCGAGUUGAGUUCCGUGGACUACAAUAAAGACACCCGUCUCCUGCAAGAUCAAGCAAACCGGGACACCGUUGUACCACCUCAGGCUAUGGUGGCACAUGGCUUGUCAUUUCCCAUGCAAGCCUCUGCUGAGCCACUGCUUAAUCGAAUUUCAAGCCUUUGCCAAAGGCAGUUUCACAGUGAACCGUGGUACCUAGACAACAUGCGGCUUGCCAUAGCCGUAAUGACUGGCGUGGCAGGCUUUCUCUUCGUCAGGGGCCGAGAUGAUACUUUUAUCAUGUUUGUAUUGGUGCUUGCUGUAUCUGUAGCUUUCCUUUCUUGUUUGGCCUUGAUUCCCUUGUGUGAAGUACUGGACAGUCUUGAGUCAAAACAGCUAGCUAAACGGUGCCCUCUAUCUGUUGUCAGGAUUGCAGUCGAUCCUGGAAAGGCGUACCGAGUCUUGCGAUACAUUUAUUCUGUAUUCUGUCCUAUCUCUUCUCUCGGUUAUGGUGUCAUCUUGUCGGUCUAUGGAACUUAUGUUUCAAUGGUCCCUAUGCUUAUCUGGGCUGGAUUCGUUUGUUUGUUGAUCGUUGUCGCAUCGCUUAUGGUCCCAGUUUUCAUCUGCAGGCAACUCUACUCACAGAAGACACUCGAGGUUCUCUGAAGCC